CCGCCGCGGCCGCUGCUCCGCGGCGCUUCCUGGGCGGAGCCGCCCCCCGGCUGGGCAGCGGAGGCGCCGGGAGGAGCGGCUGGCGGGGCGGCCCCGCAGCGGGUAAACACGCCGGGAACCCCGCGGCCCCUCAGUGAUACAGGAUGCUGUUUCCUUUGGUGUUGUGUGCAGUGAUGCUGAUAGGGAGCUGUAAAGUUCAAGAAGAUGAAUGGAUUGACCCCACGGAUAUGCUCAAUUAUGAUGCAGCAUCAGGAACAAUGAGAAGACCUUAUAAGGUAGAGAAAGAAAGGCCAAACUAUCAUGACUCUGAGGAAGAGGCUGUGGAUACAGUCAGUACUGAAAUCUCACGUUGUUCCAGGGUAGUAGAUUCCUUGCAACACAAGAUUGCAGAAUGUGAGAAGAGGAAUGCCAAAUCACAGGAGAGCCGUAGCUUUUAUAUUUUUAAGCGAUUCUUGAAUAAGAUUUUAAAUGAAGCUGGAAAACUUGGCCUUCCUGGGGAAGAUGUGGGCCAUGUCCAUUACGAUGCUGAGAUCAUUCUUACAAGACAGACGUAUUUGGAGAUCCUCAGGUUUGUCAGUGAGGAGGACUGGCAGCCAGGGGCCCUGGAUGAGGCACUCAGUGAUAUUUUGGUCAACUUUAAGCACCAUGAUGAUGAAGCUUGGCGGUGGAGAUUUGAAGACACCUUUGGAAUUGAUCUAUAUCAUUUGUUUUGGCUGCUCAUGUGCCUAGUGUGCAUUGUGAUUGUAAUGGCCACAGAGCUGCGGACGUAUGUUUCUCGCUUUGUGCAGCUAAAAUAUGUUUUAUUUCUGACUUUCCUCGUCAGUUUUGUGUGGAAUUGGUUUUACUUGUACACACUGGCCUUCGCUCAGCACCAGGCAGAGAUGGCCAAGAUGGGCCAGUUCGACAAGGUCUGUGCGGAGAAGCUGGAGUGGUAUGGAAGUCUCGUGGAAUGGCUUAGAAGUACAUGGACGUUUCAGGAUGAUCCCUGUAAGAAGUAUUAUGAAAUUCUGCUUGUAAAUCCUGUUUAUAUGGUUCCACCAUCAAAGGCCUUGGCAGUAACUUUCACCAACUUUGUAACUGAGCCUUUGAAGGACAUAGGACAAGGUAUUGGUGAAUUCAUCAAGGCACUUAUGAAGGAGAUACCACUAAUUCUGCAGGUUCCAGUGCUCAUUACCAUGGCUCUGGGUGUCCUGACUUUUUGCUAUGGUGCAGGAUCGUCAGUGUCUGCAUUGAGACACUUAAGGUCUUCUCAGAAGAAGAGUCUUCCUCUGCCUGCUAGUGGGCAGGAGCAAAUAGCCUUUGGGCAGUACGAUGGGAGGACAGCAGACGAGUACUACGUGCAGCAGCAGCCCUAUGUGCUCAGAGGCCACCAGGACAGAGGGGACGCUGCCACGAGGCCUCUCCCCAGGCUGAGAGCGGGCAAUGGCAGCAGGAGCCCGGACACGGCACCCGCCAGCGACCAGCCGGAUGCACAGAACAGGUUGUACACGGAAUAUGAAGUUCAUAAACUUGAGACUCUCCAAGCUGAAAACCUUAGUGCAGAAGCUGCAUUUGAGCAGCAAAAGCAGGAGACAAGCAAAGUAGAGGGAGAGACUGGAGGAAACUGUGACCCUAAUAAAAACCUAGAACAGAAAAGUUCUGCUGCAGAACCGUGUGAAGAGAAGAAAGAGAGUGUUUUACAUGACUCCAGGAAAGAGACUAAGGAAGAGCCAGGCUCUGCUCAAACCAGAAUGAUCCCUAGGCUGCUGCUGUACAUACUUCUGGGGUCUUCAGCUGGAAUUGGAGCCCUUUAUAGCUGAGGGUGGAGUAGAGGAUGUUGCCACUGAAGGAGCUGAGAGUCUGUUCUUCUCCUGGAAGCAGCACCUCUGAUCAUCCAUCCUGUUACUCUGGAACCGACUCAGCAGAUCAAAGAACCCUUCGUCUGCCAUUGUCUCACGGCUGCUUUUCUGAAAAGGAGAAAAUUUGGGGUAUUUGACCUUCGAGUGCCUACAGCUGGGACAACUACAUCAGAGUUUCAGUCCAGUGCUAUGCUUGAUAUUUACGUAUCUGAAAUUUAUUAAAUAAAUUUUUUUAGUCACCUA